AUGGAACAGCAAUUGGGGCAAGUAUUAUCUCAAAUGUUAGAAACUAUUCGAGGAAUUCAAGUACAACAAGCGCAAUUACAACAACAAUUACAAAAUACGGAUAAAUCGUAUAAGAACACAGUUAUUGAAGGAAGAAUCUUUGUAAUUGACCGCGAAGUAGACACCGUAGUUGGAAGAGAAUGGCUUAGAAAAUUGAACUUAAAUUUUGAAUUAAAUACAAUAUACAAAGAAGAACAAGACAUAACAGAGAAAGAAUUCAAAUAUAAAUUACAAACAUUAUUAGAAGAAUAUAAAGAGUUAUUUACAGAAGAAAUAGGUGAAAUUAAAGAUUAUCAAGCAGCAUUUAAAUUGAAAGAAGGUUCAGUUCCAGUUUACUUAAAGCCACGCCCAGUACCAUUUGCAUUGAAAAAUCAAGUUGAGGCAGAAAUUGACAGAUUAGAAAAAGAAGGCAUAUUAGAAAAGGUUACAUACUCACAGUGGGGUACACCAAUUGUCCCCGUGUUGAAACAUAAUGGAAAGGUACGACUAUGUGCCGACUACAGAGCUACAUUAAAUAAAAACCUAGAGAAUGACAAUUAUCCAAUUCCCCGAGUUGAAGAGAUAUUUUCAAAGCUCAGCGGUGGUAAAUAUUUUUGUACAUUGGACAUUAACCAAGCGUAUUUACAUAUGAAGACAAGUGAUGAUACAGCAGAGAUGCAAGCCAUAAGUACAUGUAAGGGCACAUACAAAGUAAGAAGACUGAUGUUCGGUGUGAAAAUAGCACCAAAUGUUUGGCAAAGAUACAUGGAUCAGACACUACAAGGAUUAGACGGUACAGCUUGUUUUUUCGAUGAUAUCGCUUUACAAGGACAUUCAUACAUACAAUUACUACAAAGAAUCCGAAAGGUAUUUAAUAAACUUAAAGAAUGUGGAUUACAUCUAAACAGGAAGAAGUGUCAAUUUUUUCAAAAAUCAGUUACAUAUUUGGGACAUAAAAUAAAUGAAAGAGGAUUACACCCUACAGAAGAAAAGAUAAAUGAUAUAAAGAAUAGCCCACGUCCCACAGAUGUUACAUCUCUACGUACUUUCUUAGGAAUGAUAAAUUAUUAUCAACAAUUUAUAUCUAAUUUGGCAUCUAAACUAAAUCCUUUAUACAAGCUAUUACAGAAAGAUACAAAAUUUAUAUGGAAUAAAGAAUGUGAACAAGCAUUUCAAGAGUUGAAAAAUGAACUAUGUGGAGAAAGAGUACUUAUACCAUUCCAUGAGAACCUACCUGUCACAUUAGCUACAGACGCAUCUCCUACAGGAUAUGGAGCUGUUUUAUCACACAUUAUGCCGGAUAAAACUGAACGACCUAUAGCAUUUGCAUCAAGAUCUUUAACUAAAGCAGAAAAAGGUUACAGUCAGUUGGAUAAAGAAGCAGCAGCUCUAGUAUGGGGAUUAAAGAAAAUUUUUCAAUAUUGUUACGGCAGGAAGAUAUUACUCAUUGUAGAUAAUCAACCAUUAGCUAGAAUUUUACACCCAGAGAAAGUUACACCAGCUACAACAGCCAUACGACUAGUACACUAUGCAAACUUUUUAGCAGGAUUUGACUAUGAGAUACGAUUAAGAAAGACUACAGAACAUGCGAAUGCCGACUAUUUUUCAAGAAUACAAUAUACAGAUACAACUGAUAGGAAUGAGACAAUGACAGACGAUGAAGCGUUUUACCUAAAUCAAAUUGCAGAAAUGCCAGUUUCAUUAAAGGAAAUAAGAGAAGCUACAGCCACUGACCCUGAGUUACAAAAAUUAUACAUAGAUAUACAGUCAGGAAGAGAAGAUACAGGAAGACUAUACGAAUAUUCGUUACAAAACAAUUGCAUAUUUUAUGGCAUAAGAAUUGUAAUACCUAAAAAAUUACAACCUCAAAUAUUAAAAGAACUACAUACAGCUCACACCGGUAUUGUGAAGAUGAAGGCGUUAGCCAGAAGCUACGUCUGGUGGAAGAAUAUAGACAUGGAUAUAGAGAACAUGGUAAAGCAAUGUAAAACAUGCUGUUUAAUGAAGAACAACCCUACUAAAGUACCUAUACACAUCUGGGAAUAUCCGAAAGAACCAUGGAGUAGAAUUCAUAUUGAUUACGCAGGACCAUUCAUGAAUCAAUAUUUUCUUAUUGUGGUAGAUGCCUACACAAAAUGGUUAGAGGUAAUACCUACUACUUCUAUCACAGCUACAGCUACUAUUAAUAUUUUAAAGAAAAUCUAUACUACGUUUGGCUUACCAGUUACCCAAGUAUCUGAUAAUGGAAGACAAUUUAGAUCAGAGGAAAUGUUAAGAUUUUUAAAGGAAAAUGGAAUUCAAGCAAAGUUUACAGCACCAUUUCACCCAUCUACAAAUGGUCAAGCAGAAAGAUAUGUACAAACGGUUAAAAAUAAACUUAAAGCAAUGAUGAACGAAGAAGGAUCUGUACAAGAUAAGUUACAAAGAUUUUUAAUGAUGUAUAGAAAAACACCUAAUAGCUCUACAGGGCAGAGUCCAGGAGAAAUGAUGUUUAAAAGAAUAUAUAGAACAAGAAUAGAUUUAGUGAAAAGAAAACAAGAAGUUAGAGAUUGCAACAAUGAAGAAUUAAAGGUAAACAAAGAGUUUAAACUAGGGGAUAGAGUACAAAUAAGGAUGUAUGAUAGUAACAAAUGGAAAUUUGGAAGAAUAUUAGAGAGGAAAGGAAAAUUACAUUACGAGGUGGAAGUAGAUGGAAAGAUACAUCACAGACAUAUUGAUCAGAUAAUAAAGACAUCUUGUUUGAGUGAGAACUUCAAUACACCAGAUACUUACCGACCAACGUACCUGCAAGAGAAUUCACCUACACCAGCUUCACCUGAAAAAGAAUGCAUACAACCUAGCCCUACAGUAAUAUUACAUACAAGUCCUACUCGAAGAAGAUCAUCUACACAGCCAGUAGAAAGUCCAGGAAAUUACCAACCAGAAAACCUUGUACCAGAAACAAUUCCAGAUACACAUGAACCUACACCGUCCAGAAUUGAAAUCCGUCGUAGUACUAGGAUGAGAAGACCUCCAAACAGAUUGAACCUUUGA